GGGAGGAGGCAGUCGGGGAGGAAAGGAGGCUGAGGCUGCUGCUACUGCUGCUGCUGCAGUUACUGCCGCCCGCCUCUAAAGCGCGCCCACUCGGGUUCCUCAGCAGUCGCCGGAGCAGCGCGCUGAGGUGGGACGAGCCGCUCGGCGCCUCCGAAUGAAUUAAGGAGCGGGAGACGCUUUCCCUCCUGCUGCGCCUGGAUUUAGCAGCCUCGGCUAGCCGGGCUCCGAAGCGGCAGAGUCGGGGCGACCCUCGCGCCUGCUCGGAGCUGCCGCCCGCCACUCCAGUUUCACUGAAUUGGUCUCGGCUGAGAUGCCAGAUAAAACACCAGAGGGUAAAGAAACCUUAUCCAGGAAUGAAGAUGGCUACCAUUUGCCUCUUGCCGUGCUGCCUCCUGUGAUGGUAGGCACGACCCCCAAGACAACAGGGGAGAGCCUGCACAGAGAAGACGGACACUUCCACUACUGUGGGAUUAAGACCAUGGAACUGUCAGACAGUGACCGUCCUGUCAGCUUCAGCUCCACCUCAUCUUCUGCAUCCUCCAGGGAUAGCCACUGUUCCUUUGGCAGCAGAACAACGCUAGUUUCAAACAAUCACCUGGGCUUAUUCAACCAGGAUAAGGAAGCAGGGGCCAUAAAGCUAGAGCUGAGCCCGGCCCAGCGAUUUUCCAGCAAGGAGCUGAAAAAAAACAACCCUCCAAAGGAGCAGACCUCUGACGGAAGUCUUGGGAGAAGGCCAAGUAUGCCACGGAGAGCUGAAUCUAAGGAAAGUAGCAGAAACUGUGUCAUGUCCUUGAUCGCUGAGCCUCCAAGCCCAAAGCUCCUGUACGUUGACAGAGUGGUCCAAGAAAUCCUGGAGACAGAGAGGACGUAUGUGCAGGAUUUAAAAAGUAUUAUGAAGGAUUACCUUGAUUGUAUCACUGACCAAUCCAAGCUCUCUUUGGGGAUGGAGGAACGAUCAGCUUUGUUUGGAAACAUAAAAGAUAUCUACCAUUUCAACAGUGAACUUCUGCAAGAUUUGGAAAACUGUGAAAAUGAUCCUGUAGCUAUAGCAGAAUGUUUUGUUUCUAAGAGUGAAGAGUUCCACAUAUAUACACAGUAUUGCACCAAUUAUCCAAGGUCAGUGGCUGUACUUACCGAAUGCAUGAGGAACAAGUCCCUGGCCAAGUUUUUCAGAGAGAGACAAGAAGCUUUACAACAUUCUCUGCCUUUAGGAUCUUACCUCUUAAAACCUGUUCAGCGGAUACUCAAGUAUCACCUUCUUUUGCACGAGAUAGAAAACCACCUUGACAAGGACACUGAAGGUUAUGAUGUGGUUUUAGAAGCCAUAGAUACGAUGCAGAGAGUGGCGUGGCAUAUUAACGACAUGAAGAGGAAACAUGAACAUGCUGUCAGGCUGCAGGAGAUACAAAGCUUACUCACUAACUGGAAGGGACCGGAUCUUGCUAGUUACGGCGAGUUGGUUUUGGAAGGAACAUUCCGCAUCCAGAGAGCCAAAAAUGAGCGCACUCUGUUCCUCUUUGACAAGCUGCUGCUCAUUACGAAGAAGAGGGAAGAGACUUUCACCUACAAAGCUCAUAUCUUGUGUGGCAAUCUCAUGCUAGUGGAAGUCAUACCAAAGGAGCCUCUGAGCUUUAGUGUCUUCCAUUACAAAAAUCCCAAGAUGCAACAUACUGUUCAGGCCAAAUCACAGCAAGAUAAGCGCCUUUGGAUUCUUCACUUGAAGAGAUUAAUUCUUGAAAACCACCCUGCCAAAAUCCCAGCUAAGGCCAAGCAAGCAAUUCUUGAAAUGGAUGCUAUCUAUCACCCAGGAUUCCAUUAUAGCCCAGAAGGAGAAAUGAAAGCAUCGAGUAAUUCUAAAGAAGGAAUCGCCCCACAGAGGGUGAGAAGGAAGUCAGAACCUUCGUCCAGAGCCCAUAAAAUCAUAAAGCCAAGUGAAAUGGACCCAGACACGAAAAAGCGGAUCAGUAUUGAAGGAACCCUGCUAUCUCAGGCUGAAGCCCUCCUCAGUCCUAGGAAAAAGUUUUCACUGAAUCACAAAGGACUGGAAUCCAAUGAAGUGGCCUAUAGUAGCGACCAAGAGGAUAACGCCCUCACUGGUGUUAUGGAUCAGACUGAUGCUGACGAUGAGGAAGAGACUGAACAGACCACACAACAAAAUUCCCAGCAGAAACCAAAGGGAGGCCGCAAAAGGUUAAACAGUCAAGUUGCUGAAAAUUUUGAGAAACGAAGAAGUGUUAAUCUCAGUAAAUGUGAAAUUCAGAAUGCAAAGGAGCCUGCAAAUGAAGCACCUUCCCAGGUCAACGCAAAGCUUUCAUUUUCCUGCGGUGGAGGUGGUCAUCCAUCUCGGCAGUUUGCACCACAAAACAGCUCAUUUAUGGCGAAUAUUUUGGGCAGAACAGAUGCGGUGAGAAACAUCUGGACAGACCACCAGAUUCGGCAAGCCCUGUUCCCAAGCAGACGCCCCCCGCAAGAGAACACAGAGGACGAAGAUGAUUAUCAGAUGUUUGUACCAUCAGAAUCUACAUCCAACUUGGUUUCCAUUGACUGUGAAGAGAGAGAGCCUUCAGGCCGCCCUUGCAGCUGGCACGUAGGGCUAGCUCAUCAAAGGGACAUUUCUAACUCUAACUCUCACAGAAUUGUGAGGCGGGCCAGCAGUGCUGGGGAAAGUAAAACUUCUCCGUCUGGUUCAAGAUACAGAAAAAAUGACCUUGGUCAGAAUGCUACUUGGAAUGAAAUAAAAAGUUCCAGGAGUGACAUGGACAAUCUGCAGGUGUACCUGGAAUCUUCAGAAGAACUGACUAUUGAUGACAUAGAUCAUGUCUAUGACAAUAUAAGUUUUGAAGAUUUGAAACUAAUGGGUCUCACUCGUAGGGAAGCGUCUGACCGUGCUCCACAAGGGUCAGCUAGAGACUCGCUCUAUGAGGCUCAAGACCAAGACAUUGCUUUCAAUAAAAGACAGGCACCUCAAAGCAGGACCUCUGUUUCUACCAGCAGAAAUGAAACUACUCCCAGGAGAGGAACUCCACCUGUAAGCUCUCAUGAUCUAAGGAUCAGUGAGGAAAAUAUCUAUGAUACCAUAGUCCUCCCAGAGCAAUCACUGACAAAUUUCAAAUGUGAUCGCCUUAAGUGUUCCAAAAAGAGGAGUUUUCUGGGUCUGGAAACAGAUUUUGCAUGCUGUGACCACCUGCGGCAAUUUGUUUCUGAAGAAAGCCUCCAUUUCAGUGAAGAUGAAAAUCCCUAUCAUUGUGUUCCAUUAGAUCAUGAUUAUUUGAGCUUAGUGGAUAGCUCAUCAAACUCUGAUUCACACUCUCACAAAUCUGCUGCGGACAAGUUAUCUGAGGAAGUGGAUGAAAUCUGGAAUGACUUGGAGAAUUACAUCAAGAAGAAUGAGGAAAAGACGAGAGACCACGUCCUUGCAGCUUUUCCUGUCUGCAAAGAUGACAUAGACAACAACACUCCUACUAGAACUACUUGUGAGUUAAAUAAAGAUGUGGGAUAUUCACUCCCCCCUCUCUCACUGCCGGAAACACCUGUUUUCCCAAAAGAUUUGCCCAACAAAGUUGCCAGGUUGAGUGAAGCCAACCUCAGAUUCGAGGAGGAAGCAUCGCUAUGUAAGGAAACACCAUGCAGAGCAAAUUCCUUGAUGAGUCUCAACAGAUCUUCCCUCUCCAAUGAGAGAGCUUUUGUCGAUAGUCUUUAUGAAACUGCCAGUAGUAUUCUGUGCAGUGCAAAUGCAGAAAGUACUGACAAUGAACUGGAUGCUGUGGAUAAAACAAAGAACCGGGUCUUCACAAUGGCAAGACAGUACAGCCAAAAAAUUAAGAAGGCAAACCAGCUUUUGAAAGUAAAAAGCCCAGAGCAAGAGCAACUUCUGAGCCGGCAACAUAAAUCAAGGCACAAGGACUUAGCAGCCAUUUUGGAAGAGAAGAAACAAGGAGGCCCUGCCAUUGGUGCCAGAAUUGCUGAAUAUUCCCAGCUCUACGAUCAGAUUGUUUUUCGGGAAACCUCACCCCAAAAGACCAGUUCUCAAGACCCAUCAAACAUAAGGUAUUCCUCACCAGUGUCAACAUCUCAGUUAGCUGCGGAAUGCUUCAGAGCAGAGGACUGGUUGCACUCAACAUACAGUAAUGUGGAACUCUCAGAUUUCUCUCCCUGGUCGGGAGUCCCACACCUGAAGGCCAGAAGCUCCCCUUCAGAAAUGAGUGCAAAGCAGAGACAGUUGCCGGCGGCCUGCUCAGUGCCUUCCCUUCAGACUCCUCUUCGCCCGCACAUUCCUGCACAAAGGUGGAGCGCAAUUAUAAGUCAGCCUAACAAAGAGAACUUGCACCACAGUCAGGUUUUUAACUCUUUAGGAAGACGGGAAAACAAUGCAAAGUCACAGAUGUAUAGCAGGUCACAAUCAUCUUCCUCUAUUGUGGCCAGCAAGUCUGGGGAUUCAAUAAAUUAUCCACAUGAAACGGACAAGAAGCAGCUGCAUUCAGACAGGAACUUUCUCUCUGAACACUAUAAAGAAUCUGUGCCAGGCACCACCCCAGGACUUGCAGCAUGUGAUGGAGCAAAGCAGAGCCUCGAGAAUUGCUCCGAAAUGAUUCUGCAGGAUUCUCAAAAAAUUCUUAGAGUAAACAGAAACUUGCUCUCAAAUGCACAAAUUGCUACCCAGAACUAUUUUUCUAACUUCAAAGACACUGAUGAUGGAGAAGGGGAUGACGACGACUAUGUUGAAAUAAAAUCUGAAGAUGAGGGCUCUGAUUUAGAGAGUUUCUACAACCAAACAAAACUCUCGGAUCCAAACAUAAAUGUACAUUGCGCUGCUUCAGAAACCUGUAGUGACAAAAAUACGCCCCUGGCUCCUGCUAAGGCACCAGACUCUUUCCUGGCCACAUGUAGUGAUUCAGAUAAAUUGAAUGAUUACCUAUGGAGGGUACCAUCUCCUAAUCAGCAGAACAUUGUCCAGUCCUUAAGGGAAAAAUUUCAGUGUCUUAGCUCAAGCAGCUUUGCUUGAUUUCUUUUUUUAUUCCUAACAUUAUGCCUUAAUGCUAACAAAGUUAUAAUAGGGCUGCCUGUACUGGUAGUGUACAUUGUAGUGUGUAUAUUUUAACUGUUAUGUAGUGAGAAAUUUAAAGUGACUAGUUUUGCACUGUCAAGUUAUUGACUGGCUUUACGUUGCAGGCAGAUUUCUGGCUAGCUUUUCCUUGCAUCCAUUCUUAACAGUGUCCCCUAUGCUGAAAUCAUGGAAAUGAUUUUAUGAGAGCCAGUCAUGUAGGCCAGAAUUCUGAUUUUGUUCUAGGAAUGGCAUUAAUGCUGAAAAGCAGGGGGGGCGGACUGGCAUAUUAUGUGAAAUGUGCAGUGAAAUAUCAUUGAAAGAUAAAGAAAGAGUACUCUCAGGUUUACUUGCUUAAAGGACUGCACAUAUAUUUUCAUCAAGUGAGGUAUGAAAUACUGUGAUUGGACUGAAGCUUAUUGUUGUAUUGUCACAUAACUCCAAUAGCUUUAAGAUUCCCUCCUUACGUUUCCGCAGCCCACUUUUCCAAGUAGGUUUGAUAAAUAAAAUGUGCACUUGUUGUACAGACCAAAAUGGAAUCUGUGGGAUCAAGCAGCAAAGCACCUUUCUCCAAUUCAAGCCUGCAGGGGAGCUGGAACUCCCUGUUUUGGAAACAAUUUCCUGACACUAGUAAUUCAAACCUAUACAUUACUGAGAACAACUAGAGAUAGUUCAGGCCCAUUUAGCUUAAAGGAAUCCCCCUCCCCCAUUUGUUUAAGUUGGUAUCCUUUUAUUUCAAUACACUACAUUCCUUUUUGUCUCCCUUUUAUCACAUGAAAGUAGUAAGCAGCCCUAAUCAGAUGUUUAGUACCCAUAAAUGCCAAACAUACGAAGGAACACUGAGAUAGCACAAGCCGUUAUUGCCAUCUAAAUACCGACACACAUGCUGGCCAUGUCUUGGCAUCCAUCUGAAUAGGUCCAUCUGUAUGCAGGUAUGGCUCCCUCCACAGAGCUGAUUGAUAGCUGUUCCUGGGGCAGGAGCUGUUCACUUGCACAUCCAUGCUCACAUAGCCCAACCUUCUAGACUGAUGCUUAUCACACAUGGGCUGGGAGAACAUGAAAGGCACCCAUGUCUGUACAUUCUCAAUAAUCCCUUCACAGAUUUAGUACGAGCAGGUACCAAAUACCUGAACAGAGUUGACUCUUACUGUUUAUGCUGCUGUGUAUUCUGUCGUCUUAUUUUUUGCAUAGCUUUAACUUGGAAGCAGUAGUGUUUUUACUUGAAAAAAAAUACGGUGUACAAACACACAAUGUUUAACCAGUUUUCAGAUGAAGGACAUAUAACAGUGAUAUAAAUGAAAUUGAAAUGCAUUUUGCCAAGGAUGGGAGUUCUCUCUUUUCCACUUAAAAGCACUCCACUUUGCUCUAGCACAAGGCACAGUAGCCCUCAUACAUUUUAGAAUGUCAACAAGUUGCUUUUACAGGCAUUUUUUGACAAAAUCCCACAAGUGAUGAGUGUAUAUUCCAUUCUACAAAAAUAGAUAUUGAAAGCUUUGUGGUUUCUGAAUUUAUCUGAACUUCAUGCAACAAAUGCUUUUUAAUUUUUGAAAUACUACUUCAAGAAUGUUGGGAUUUUAUUUCUGGUUUACCACGAUCUCAAAAUUUCUUAUACCAGGCUGUCCCAGUUACAUAGAAGAGCUGACUGCAAUUCAAGCUAUGUCUAGUAAAAUAGAUUAUGACUAAUGCAAGUAUAUAUUAAAUUAGCAAACUUCAAUUUUUAUUUAAUAAAAAUGUAAAAUAAUGUAAAUAAUAGUAAAAGAAAUUAAUUUGAGUGCAUUAACAAUAGGCACAUUUAGGUUCCUUUGUAACGACAGAGGAAUUUUGUUAAUCUGAUAAAAUAAUGAGAUAUAUGCUCAAUAGAACACAUAGCUUUGU